CUGCAGUCGGCGUACGGGUUCUUUUGUUAAUUUGAUAAUAAUGAAUCGUCAUUAAAGAUUAAACAUAAUUGCAUAGUAUCAUAUUAUUAUAAUAUUUGAUGGAAAAUGACUAAAUGAAAAACGUGCAUUAUAAAAUGAGAUUUAUCUAGAUAUUUAUGUAGAUUUCCGUAACUUAAAUCUUAAUACCAAUUAGAUAUUAUAUAAUUCAUUCAUCUAGAUAAGAUAAAGGUACUUAAUUUUCAUCUAGAUAAAUUAUCUAGAUAAAUGUAUCUAGAUACAACUCAACACUGUCCGUAUAAUUCGUGUAUAAACUGCACAUGUACAACUAUCAAUCAUCUUAUCAGAAAGUGAGUGAUAAAAAUGAAAUGAACAGCAGCUAUCUUCGCGUUCUUCACAACAACAUUAAUAGGUGCAAGGUACCAUUGAUUAUAAAUGCUCAAAUCGAUGUAAAUGUAGACUGCAAUUUAAAACUUUUAAUUAUAAUUAUUCUAAUUAUGUUAUUGUUUUGUUUUUUUCGUGGUUAACCACUGUUUUAGUACAUAAAAAAUGGAUCAACACAACCCUCUUGUAUUCGGAGCCACAGUUAACAAUGGAUUAUAUGAAUUUCCUGAAGUAUUAGAUAAAAACGUAGAUGAUAUUAUUGUAAAUGAAUGUGAUGCUAUUCCAUCAAAACCACCUGAUCGGUAUUAUUUUGGAUUGUUAAUUUUUUAUGUACUUGGUACUUGUCUUCUCCUGCCUUGGUACUUUUUUAUAACUGCAAAUGAUUACUGGAUGUAUAAACUACGGACACUGCCUAAUGAUACACAAAUUAAUUUUUUCUUCUUAAACAAAGAUGAUCAUCAUACAAAACUUCAAGCAAACUUUACUUCAUUCCUUACCAUUGCUGCAUCUGUUCCUAGUACAUUAACUCUAUUAUUUAACACAUAUUUAGCAAAAAAGAUAUCAAUUAAUUUUCGGAUGAUCAGUUCAUUGAUGUUGAUGUUAAUUUUAUUCAUAGUCACAACAGUUUUAGUUCAUUUAAAUUCUGACACAUGGCAAAUAUUAUUUUACGCCAUUACAUUAGGAACAGUAAUUUUGCUGAACAUUGGGAGUUCUAUUAUGCAAGGAGCUGUUUUCAGUUUAGUCAGUUUUUUUGACAGUUAUUAUAUGACAGCAACUGUAAGUGGACAAGCAUUGGGAGGCAUUGUUGCUGCAUUAGCUCAAAUACUAGCUUUGUGGUGGGGUGCAUCAUCAGUCCAUAGUGCCUUUGUUUAUUUUUUAUUUGCUGAUCUGUUCAUUUUGUUUUCUCUAGUGCUAUAUGCUAUUUUAGUGAAAACAGACAUUUAUAAAUAUUAUGUUCAAGAUAUACCUGCUAGUACCUGGAUUAGACAUUCAUCUUCUACCCAAUAUUCUUUACUUGAUUCAGACCAAGUAUCUGUAGUUAAUAAUUAUGAUGUUUUAAAAAAGAUAUGGAAAUUGGGUUUGAGUAUUUGUUACAAUUUCUUAAUCACUAUGUCUGUCUAUCCAGCAGUUACAGUACUAAUAACUUCUUUGAACAAAGAACAUAAUGCAUGGACAAGUAUAUAUUUUUUGCCAGUAAUAGCUUAUUUACUUUUUAGUACAUGCGACUUCUUUGGAAGAAUUAUGUCAAACUUCAUGAAAUUGCCAAUUGAUAGUAUUUGGCCAUCUGUUAUAUUAUCAUUCAUGAGAACUAUUUUUAUACCCUUGAUAAUGCUCUGUAAUGCUAAUCCUCGACAUAAUUUACCCAUCUUGAUAAACAAUGAUCAAUGGUAUGCUGUUAUCAUAUCAGUAUUUGGUUUUACCAACGGCAUUGUUUCUAACAUCACAAUGACAUCUAUACCUUACUUUGUUGAUAAGCAUGAACAAGAAGUAGCAAGUUCUCUGAUGAUCACAUUUUUAGGUAUUGGCAUUUCUACAGGAUCAUUGAUAAGUUUUGCAAUGGUUAAUUUAUUAUAGAAAUAAAAAUAUUUAUAAACAUAAAUGUCUAUAUUAAU